AAAACUCUCCGUGGAAAAUACUGGGAUUACUGGUGGUGUGGAAUGAUUGGAUUUUGAUUUUGAGCGAGAAUUUUGAGAAAAAAGAUAAAAUCAAAAAGAGUUUUAGUGAUAGAAGCGUUAAAUGGAAUUUUACCAAAAAUGACUCCCAACACUUACGUCAAUGUGCUCCGUAUACUCAAACGCCCUUCCAGGCGUUUCAUUGCCCAAGCCCUUGCCCGAUCAUCGUCAACUUCCGCCGAUCAGACACAAACUGCCGCGCCCACUGCUCGGCCCUUUUCGACAGCCAUCGAGUUCAUGCCGGAAAUAUACGAGGAAUUGACAAGUUUGGUCACGCCGAACGUUCAGCAAAAGUCGGAACAGAUCGUGCAGCCUUACAGCGCCAUCCCUGGACCGAAAGAGCUACCCUUGAUAGGGAAUGCAUGGAGAUUUGCUCCUCUAAUUGGUCAGUACAAAAUUCAUGAGUUGGACAAAGUCAUGUGGUCUUUGUACAAAGACUAUGGUCGUAUUGUCAAAGUGGGAGGUUUAAUAGGCCAUCCUGAUCUACUCUUCGUAUUCAAUGGUGAAGACAUUAAAAACGUAUUCAGAAGAGAAGAAGCAAUGCCUCAUAGACCUUCUAUGCCAUCUUUGCAUUAUUAUAAACAGAAAUUACAUAAAGACUUCUUUGAAGGGAACGAAGGAGUUAUUGGAGUGCACGGUCCUAAAUGGGAAGCAUUCAGAAGACAAGUUCAACAAGUUCUUCUACCACCAGCUACAGCAAAGAAAUAUGUAGAGCCCUUGGAUGAUAUCGCACAGGAUUUCUUAAGCUUAAUGGAACAUUCACUAGACAACAACAAUGAAUUACCAGAUAACUUCCUUUAUGAAAUCUAUAAAUGGGCACUGGAAUCUGUGACUAGGGUAUCCUUAAAUACUAGGCUGGGCUGUUUGGAUCCUCAAUUGGACACCAAUUCAGAGUCCAAGAGGAUUAUCGACGCUAUAAAUACGUUCUUUUGGAACGUGGCUGAAGUGGAAUUAAAAAUGCCCGUGUGGAGAGUUUACAAAAACAAGGCUUUCAGGAAAUAUAUAGGGGCUUUAGAAGAUUUUAGGACAUUGUGCUUAAAAUAUAUCACACAGACCGUUGAAAACAUGAAGGACAAAAACUACGACAAUAUAAAAGAAGAGGACAUAUCUAUAGUCGAAAGGAUCCUUAUGAAAACGGAAAACCCGAAACUUGCAGCCGUGCUAGCGCUAGAUUUACUUCUAGUAGGAGUAGACACAACUUCUAUAGCCCUUGCGUCGACCAUAUACCAACUCAGCCAGAACAAAACCAAACAAGAUAUCCUUUAUAAGGAACUUCAAAAUGCUUUGCCAAAAAAAGAUGCAAAAAUAGACGUCGAAUCACUAGAGAAAAUGCCUUAUUUGAAAGCCUGUAUCAAAGAAACUUUAAGAAUGUAUCCUGUUAUAAUAGGUAAUGGAAGAAGCCUACAAUCUGAUACAGUUCUAGCAGGCUAUCAUGUCCCCAAAGGGACACACGUGAUAUUUCCCCAUUUAGUCGUGAGCAAUAGUAAAGACUAUUUUUGUCAGCCUCACAAAUUUAUGCCUGAAAGAUGGUUAAAAACAGACUCUAAGCAUAGUUGUCCAGUUCACAAACAAGAAAAAAUACAUCCCUUUGUUUCUUUGCCAUUUGGCUAUGGCCGUCGAUCAUGCUUGGGUAGAAGAUUCGCAGAAACUGAACUCAACAUUAUGCUUGCCAAAAUAUUUAGGAAAUAUCAAGUCGAAUACGACUACGAACCUCUGACGUACAAAAUAUCGCCAACUUACGUACCUGAACAGCCUUUAAAGUUCAAAUUAAACCCAAGAAUAUCGUGAUUUUAGUUUAUUAUAUAGGUAUUCAUGUAAUUUACUUUAAGAUUGUUUUUUUUUAAA